CUAUUAAGUUGACCACGGGAGAGAGGAGAGAAAUUUGGGAGAAAUAAGUAAGGUUUAAAUGUAAAAUCGGUUUCAACGGGCGAAAUGAAUUGUCUUCCGGGUACAAUCCCUCAGUGGACUACUGACAUGCAGAAAAUACACAUUUGCAGAAUUACUUCACUGCACUUGUGAAAUCCGACAAUGUCACAAGCAGGAAAGUACAAACAGUGGAGGCUAAACGAGCAUGGCGGCGAUGGAGGUACAUUUAUUAAGUUUUCUCCAAACAGCCAGCUAUUUGUAAUUGCUCUCAAAAGAUCAAUCAAAAUUUUCAAAUUGGAUUAUAAUCGGUUCUUAAGUGAAGAAGUAUUGGUGUAUCAUUCUGAUUUUGAAGUAGAGGACAUUAAAUGGUCGCCUGACUCUAAAGCACUUCUGAUCAUUUCUAUUCAGUGUACCUAUUUUGUACUAGUACAGAACAUUCACAAAACUGAGGAUCUUACAACAUAUAGGAUUCAACAACCUCCUCCGGCCAAACUUAUUUUUAUUGACUGGGUUCCUGAUAGCAAAUGUUUAAUUCUAGUGUCUAGCUGCAACAUUUUUUCAUGUGUACACCGCAUCUGUGAUGGGAGGAAAAUACUGAUACCAAGUAUUUGCAGUACAAAAGAAGAAAAGCCAUUGUUGGCCUUCAGCUCUGAUGGGAAAUAUUUGGCUUCUAUUACAUAUCACGCCUUUUCUUACCAUAUUGCAUUGCUGUCAGCUUCCUUAUGGGUUACUCUUUGGAUGAAAAAACUAGAGCUUUUUAUAAUAAAGGGCUUGAGGUGGUCUCAAAACUCAGACAUGUUUGCUAUCUGGGAUUACUCCAAAAAGUUAAUUUUCUUUGACUUGAAUGGAGAAAAUGUGCAUACCCUACAUUAUGAUGACCCUUUUGCAUCUGGAUUUUUAUUCACCUUAUUCUCCCGAAACUUGUUAGCAGCUACGUGCUUCAAAGAUAACGAAAAGGUAAAUUUAAUUCUUCUCUACAACUUGGGUAACUGGCAAUUAAGUGCAAUCUUGGAGCAGAAAUUCAAUCUGGAAUCCAGCAGUCACUUACAUGCUGCAAAUAAGUUGGCUUUCAGUCAUUGUGGCAACUUUUUAGCAUCAUCCUUAUCAGAUGAUGCCUUGAUGCUUUGGAAUCUAAAGGAAUGUUGUAAUCCUUGUAAAUUAACCAAUCUCCAGCACAAAACAUUGCAGUGGCAUCCAAGAAAGGCAAAAUUUGCAAGUUCUGCUGGAAAUCAAAUUUUUAUAUGGGAAUGUAAUCAAGAUGGUCCUAUGAUUAAAACGAAGAUGUACUCUGUUGUGACAGAAAUGCCUUCAGCUGACACAUUUGUUUGGGCUAAAAAGAAUCUAAUCUUGCAAAAUCUCCAAAGUACAGUGAUUUUGGUAAGAGAUAAAGAGAGAAAAAAGUUUGUGAACAAUUCAUGAGAUCGGCAAGAAAUUGAUGUCUAGUCAUUUACACAAUUGUAUAUUUCCAAUGUAAUUUAUAAUCAAGAAAAAUAUUGGAACAUAAA